ACCACUAGGAUGUGUUGUGGCCGAAUCUUGAAGCGUGAAUGAGCAACCCAUCAUACAAAACGAGUGAAGAAGUUCUCAGGAGACACUUAAGAACAGUAUGACUCAAGAACAAUCCGAUAUCAAUGAAUGAAAAUAGGUUCAGUAUAUGCUUUUUGAAGAAUUCUGCAGUAUACAGUCAUCUACGAUAAACAAAUCCAAAACAGCAAGUGCGAAUCUGAUUGCAAGCGAACCCCACGUGCCGAUUCCGGCACUUCGUUCUCCAUAUUUUCUUCCUUCAGGUUGCACAACAACAUUUCCGUAACCAGAGAGUCUCAACGAUAAUAGACUCAUUUUCACCUAUUUCAGAAAAACCAAGACCAUCUCCAACAUCAAGAUGGGUUCAGUCUCAAAGACAGAAUUCCCUCCUAUCAGGGCAUGCAUCUUUGAUAUGGAUGGUCUUUUGAUCAACACGGAAGAUAUUUACACCGACUGCACAAACAUUCUGCUCGAAAAGGUCGGCAGGCCUCCGAUGCUUUGGUCCUUCAAAGCCAAACUCAUGGGUGUCCCAGGAUCGUCAACGGGCAAUACCUUUCACGAAUGGGCUCAGGUUCCAAUCCCUCGCGAGCAAUUCAACAAGGACCUGAAGGCACUUCAAUACGAAAAGUUCCCAAAAUGCAGACCACUUCCAGGCGUCGAAAAGCUGCUGCUAGACCUCCAAGCAAUGCACAACAUCAACGGAGACAAAGUCCAUGUUGCUCUAGCAUCCAGCUCUGACAAGACCAAUUUUGCAUGCAAGAGCACGAGUCCCGACACCAAGGUCAUAUUCUCCGUCUUUCCACAGGAGCAACGAGUUCUGGGCGAUGAUCCAAGACUGAAAGAAGGUCGAGGAAAGCCAGCACCUGAUAUCUUCCUGAUGGCCCUGCAGACAAUCAAUGAUACUCUGGCUGAGGGCGAGAAGCCUAUCACGCCUGAGGAAUGUCUUGUUUUCGAGGACAGUGUUCCUGGUCUGGAAGCUGGGAGGAGAGCAAAGAUGAGAGCUGUUUGGGUGCCUCAUCCCGAACUUGCCAAGAUCUAUGCUGCCCAGGAAAAGGAAGUUCUUGCUGGUAGGAUUGGUUUGGUUCCGAUCGGGGAUGAGUGGCAGCUGGGAGAACUGGACGAUGGUUGGGCGGUGAGGCUUCCGAGUCUGGAAAACUUUCCAUACAGCGAUUAUGGAAUGAAGUCCACGCUUUAAGGUUCUCGUGAAGCUCAUACCCGAGACUCACCAUUCACACGACUUGCAUUCGGAAACUAUGGAAGUUUAGUUUGCUUUCAGCACAAUCGCAUGUGCUAAGAUCGUGGGACAUCGAUCGACGAAUUUUCUAUGUUUUUUACAUUACUAGACUUACAAUAGACUAGAGAUAUAGAUUAGAACUAGCAGAUCAUAUACAAUAGACCAGAGAGGGCUCUAGCGCAUUGAAAGCC